AUGAAUGGUCGUACACGGGUAUUGUUUACUGCCGGGGUGCCAACACCUCCCAACUGUGCGCACAACGUUGUUAUUUCCGGUGGAGGAAUUGUAGGAGCCGCCGCAAUGGCUGCACUUCAGAAACUCAGAGCGCGUUUUCUCGCAGAAAGUGUCGGAGCUGAAGGUUCCGUUUCACAUAAUGUGCACUCGAGGUGUUUGUCUCGACUCCUCCUUGCGGAUCCCAUGGCACGACCGCAUUACGACGCGGCGAAUAUCAUGCAUAACCUACGCACUGUCAGUCUCACACCGGUAUCGAGCAAGUUGUUGGAUAACCUCGGCUCCUGGAAACGAUUGCAAACGAAGCAUGCCUAUUAUCGUAUUGCCCUUCGGCACGAGCGCACGAAUGGGCCAGUCGCUCCGGACCAAUCCUCACAAGAGAAGUCCAGAAAUUUUUUUGUGAAUGGCCCUUUGGGUAACGGCACAUCCACGGCGGAGCCGCUGCUCGAGUUCACGAACUUAGACAGCCCACUUGGGUUCAUUUGUUACAAUUCAGACAUUAACACCACACUGCUGGAUGUUGUCGAGGAACAAAUGAAACAAUAUCAACAACCUUUGGGAAGUGACGGGUGUGGAGUUCAGGAGCAACCCACCGAUUGCAUUGAAUUCGGCUCAUCCUUGGGAUCAUAUUCGCUUCCUCAUCGUAAUAUCGUCGAUGGUCCUGCAGGUCGGGCAAUUCUGCGGAAGUCAGUGGGUGAUCAGCCGGUUGAGUUUUCGCUGCUACUUGGCUGUGAAGGGCGUGGCGGUCACCUGCGCGAAUCUCUCGGUUCAGCACUGGUGCAGCACGACUACGCGCAAACCGCCUUUGUUUGUACAGUUCAGUUGAAGCGGCCCGCGGAUGGCAACGUUUGUUGCUUUCAAAACUUCUUCACGAAUGGUGACAUCAUUGCGUUGUUACCAACGUCUGAAGACACUUCUAAUAUUGUCUUCUCCACAACGGCCGAGCAUGCCCGCGAGCUAGCCGCUGCGAAGCAAUCGGAACUUGUAGAAGAACUUAACCGAUGCCUUCAUGCAUUUGCCCCACGCGACAUCCCGCUUAUCAUCAGUGUCCCGGAAGUUGAACUGGGCGGCAAGACAGUACGCGCGCAGGGAAUGUUUCCGGUAAGACUCAGCGUUGCUCUUCAACCCUUCGGCCCCCGUUGCCUUCUCCUCGGUGAUGCCGCGCAUGGGAUUCAUCCUUUUGCCGGACAAGGAUUAAAUUUGGGACUCUACGAUGUCUGCGCACUGGUGGAAGUGCUGGAACGGGCGGUAAGAAGUGGCCAAGAUAUUGGUAGUGUCAUCGCCGUGGGGCAACCAUUUGCCGCUGCAAUGAUGUCCCACACUGGGAUCAUGAUUACGGCAAUGGAGAGUGUAUUUGGGCUUCUCGCCACAAUGCCUGGUUUGAGUUGUACUGGGAUGAGUGUGUUGCAGAAGCUGCCACUGGUAUCGUCAUUGGGUAAACAAUCUAUCAUUCAUGUGGCAUCAGGUGGCUUUUUCGCAUCGCACCACCGGGAGUCAUUUCUCCUUGCAUAA